AUGAAUACAACAGAUCCCAAAGAGCGGUUCUACCGCCAGUUCCAGAACUCGGCCGAGUCCAUCCAAGAUCAAAUCAACCAACUUCCCAACUUCGCGGCCGUGGGCGGCGUGCGACAAGAUGCAGUCGAGCACAUUCUCGGCGCUAUCUCUCGCUUGUCCAAGGAGGUGGCCGAUGCCAUCGAGUUUGUGCCUGCUUACGACCAGCGGGGCUAUUUCGACAAGGUCAAGUCACUUGAGAUUCAAGUCAACCAGGCAGCAGCCAAGUUCACCUCCUCCAAGAGCCGUUUCCGCUUCAAGAAACGUCCCGAUAGCGACAACCAUACAGCAGCCAGGACCGACGCCCGCCGUCUAGACCUGACUACCAACUCUAACAGCUAUACUGAUCUCGCCGCCAAGGCAACCUCUACUGAGACUUCCACUCCAGUUAGCUCUACGAAGAACUACAAUGCCGAAAUUGCCAGUCUGGGACCCGGAGGCUUGGGCGUAGGCAUCCGCAAGCCCUCCUUCUCCGAGGCUCGAGACAUCAACCUCGCCGACCAUAUCCGCGUGCACAUCACGCUCCCAGCCUCAGCUUCACGGGCUACCUCCGCCGGCACUCUGACCAACCUGCACCAAUGCGUGGUCGACAUGUCACUCCCGACCUGGACCACGAGCACCACAACCACUGCCGUGGUCACCACUGGAGAAACCGACAACGAAGCCGACAACAGCAGCAGCAAAGCGGACGUAGACGCGUGCAUCGGCACGCCCUUCGCCAGCCUGACUCUUAAGGACAUUCAGGACAGCGCCAUCGUGGCGGGCCACGUCAACGGCCCCGUGCACGUCACGGGUGUGCGCGACAGCGUGGUCGUGGUGGUGGCCCGCCAGGUGCGCAUCCACGAGUGCCACAACGUCGUCUUUUACCUGCACUGCGUCAGCCGCCCGAUCGUGGAGGACUGCAAGGGGGUGCGGUUCGCCAAGGCACCGGGGCUUUUUCUGACGGACAAGGACAAGGCUGAGGCCAACCUGUACGACCAGGUCGAUGACUUCAAGUGGCUCAAGACCUUCAGCUCACCCAACUGGAGCUUGCUGCCCGAGUCCGAGAUCAUCCCGGACGCUGUCUGGAAGACGGCCCUGGCCGGCGAGCCUGAUGUCAUCAUCGACACCACUCUGCGGAGCCUGGGUGUGAAGAAGGGCCUUGAGGCCGAGCUGAAGAAUUGA